UGAACUUUAGUUAGAACAGUAUGACGUAUUUUAUCAUUGGAGUCACAUGGCUUUGUAUGUGGAUUGUCCAAGCCCAAAACUUAACAAACAUAUUGGCUAAAACUAAAAGAAACUUGUCCAGAGAUCUUCAGUCUUAUGGAGAGUCUAGUUUGGUUUUACCGUAUAGUGAUAGUACGAAAACUUACUAUGAACCAAAACAUAUAAAUACGUACCAAGUGAGACCCCUGGCUCUUGUGGAUCUCAGUCAACCAGUUAAGGUUAUUGAGCCAAAAGUUGCAUCUCAACAAGUAUUAUACGAGUUUCAACAAACCCCCACAGAUGCCGUAUCUAACGUCCACGUGAAGCAACUUUUUCAGCCUGAUCUGAAACCACCACCGCCCAGCAAUCCCCAGACUCUUAUGGCCUCUGAAACUGUGGUACCAGCACAACAAUAUCAACAAUAUCCACAAAAUCCUAGCCCUCAAAAUUUCAAUGUUAAGCAGCAUCCCCUUUACAGCAUCCAACCUUCCUUUCUUGAGCCCAAGAAGUAUGUCUACGGGAAGAUCAUAGUAGAUUCUACUCUUCCACAGCAUCCACAGCAAAGUAACUAUCAUCAUCCCGGAAGUCCGAAUGUAUUUUAUUCGAAUCAGCCGUUCUUGCCCCAAGGAGCACAACAUGGAAAACCGAUAUUGAACUAUGUUAACCAUUUUCCAAGGCAUAAUAACAUAAUGCUAACAACGACGGAAAUCCCACCGAUAACCCAAAACAACCCAAAGUUUAGACCUCCUAGCAAAAACCAAUAUCAAACCAUCGAUAUGCCCUCCCAAAAUGUACAAGAAGAAAAACCGAAACGAAGACCGGUUGAAAAGCCAGUAGUAGAAAAUGAAGAAGCUGAUGAUGAACGCGAUGAUAGAUCCAACUAUAAAGAUGAGGACGAACACGAAGAAUACGACGCACCUUUUGGGAAAUAUUUUGAAGAAGAAGAAGAAAUAGAAUAUGGACAUCACGAAAACCUUGAAGACGACGAGGAUGAAGCUGAAGAAGACAACAAACGUGGUUCUUCCAAGCAUGUUCCUAAAAGAGAGAAGCAUCCUAAAAAGUACAAAAAGACGAAAAGCUACCACUCUAAAUACACCAUUCCAGAAGAUAAAUACUUCAGGAACGAAGGAAGCAAACAACACAAAUCGUACAAAUAUAAACACUCAAAGAAAUCUAAAUUCCCUAAAUCUGAACUGGAUGCUAGAUUUUCUGAACCAAUUCCUGUCACCCAUAAAAAGAAAGUUCUAAAAGAAAAAUGGUUUCUGUCUAAAAGCCUAGCUGACAAAGAGCGGUACGACCAGGACUCUUAAAAUGGUUCCAUGACAUCUCGUAACGCCACAAUUCGUAACCCCAAAAUCCGUAACGCCGUCAGUUCGUAACGGCGACACUUCGUAACAGUAUAAUUCGUAACGCCAACAUUUAAGUAUUUUUGUUUUUUUUUUAGCAAAUUUAGCAUACUUUCCUACACGAGAAGAAGUAGUACUUUUUAAAGAUCAAUUAGUUUCAAAUAUAUUUCAGUGUCGAAUUGAUGUCGCCGUUACGAACUGAUGGCGUUAGGAAUUCUUACGAGGUGUCUUGUCACGUUAAAAAUACUUUUUUAAAAGGUAAAAUAUAUCAGAAAGUUGUAGCUGUAUAAUUUGGUUUACAAAAACAGUCAAUGGUAAAAAUAAUCCACAUAUUUUAGAUUAUAGGUUUGUAACCAUCGAAGCAUAACUGAUAUUGUAAAUUAUCGUUAAUGUGUAUAGUUUGUAAGGAGUUUCUCCAGUUAAUACAAAUAUUUAUGUUGUUAAACAA